AUGGCAUCUGCACACAUUGUCUUCUACCUGAUAUGUUUGUUCUUGGGUGUAAUUGCUCAGAAGAACAACAUGCAUUUAUCCUCCUCUGUUCAUGAAGAAGCACAUUUUAUAUCAGCUAAAUCUGGAGACAGCGUGACUUUACAUUGUUACUAUGAACAGAAUGUUGCUGCAUUUAUUUACUGGUAUAAACAAACUUUAGGAGAGAAACCAAAGCAUAUUUCUUCCUUCUAUAAGUCAGAAAACAAUUUUGUACAAUUUCAUGAUCCAUUCAACAAUAGUGCACGCUUCAGACUAGAUAAUGGAAAAGGAAAAAACCACUUGAUUAUCUCAGACUUAGGUGUUUCAGACUCAGCAACUUACUACUGUAUAUGUUCCUAUUUGUACACAUUAACAUUCUUAGAGACCAUUAUUGUCAGUGUCAAUGAUUCAGAUUUAAACAUACGAGCUUUAGUUCAUCAGUCAGCAUCUGAGACCAUCCAGCCAGGAGGCUCUGUAAGUCUGCACUGUAUGGUGCACACUAUGCUGAGCUGUGAUGGAGAACACAGUGUUUACUGGUUCAAAGACUCUGAAGAUUCUCAACCAGGACUCAUUUACACCCAUGGAGUCAGGAAUGAUCAGUGUGAGAGGAAAGACAACAAAAGAACACACAUCUGUGUCUAUAACUUGAGAAUGGAGAGCCUGAAUGUGUCUCACGCUGGGAUCUACUACUGUGCUGUCGCCUCAUGUGGACACAUACUGUUUGGAAACGGGACCAAGCUGGACUUUGGGGUUCGGCGAGAUUCUCCUGCCCUGAUGUAUUUCUUAAGCGCAGCUUUAACACUCACCACCAUCAUCAGCGUGUUAUCAACUUUGAUAGUGUAUAAGAUGAAAAGAAAGAACAACUGCCAAUCCAGAGACUCAAACACAAAUGAUUCUGUAAAUUUAGAGACAUCCUACAUCAUCCCGGUCCCCAAAAAGAACAAGCCCAAUGAGCUGAAUGACUUCCGACCGGUGGCACUGACAUCACAUCUUAUGAAGACUCUAGAGCGGCUCCUCCUCAACCUCCUCCGACCACAGGUACAACAUGCCCAGGACCCACUACAGUUCACCUACAAGGCAGAUGUCGGAGUGGAGGAUGCCAUUCUGUACCUUCUACACAGAGCCCACUCACACCUGGACAAGGGAGAAGGCACGGUCAGGAUCCUGUUUCUUGACUUUUCGAGUGCCUUUAAUACAAUCCGGCCCUGUCUGCUUCAGGAAAAACUAAACAGGAUACAGAUGGACCCCUGCCUGGUCGUUUGGAUCUCCGACUACCUCACUGACAGACGUCAGGCUAAAGGACAUCACGUCUGA